GGCCGUCCGAACGCGGAAGCAGAGUGGCUCACGUCGGGGCCGGGAGGGGCCUGUCUAGGUUCCGCGGCCGGGUUCUGGCCAGCACACGACUGGGAAUCCUGGCCUUUCCUGUAUCUGAGGGGGUGGGCCGGGAGCAGCCUUCGGGUCCCCUUCACCCGCUUUCGGGGCCUGAGAGCGGGCCCCGGCGGGGUUGACCACUCCUGAGGACGCAGCUGGGGCAUCGACCAUGGCACUGCUCUCGGCCGUCGGGGGCGCGACCUGGCAUUGCUGCGGCCGCCUCCUCACGCGUCCUUUCUCCCAAGCGUCGGGGCGUGGGGAGCGGCCUGGCGGGGAGGAGCUAAGCCGCCUGCUCCUGGAUGACCUGGCGCCAACUCCGCGGCCGGCCGGGGGGCUGGAGCUUCUGUUUGGCUUGUCCCCGUGUCUCCUGGCUCUGCGGGCCGCCCGCCGACGCGUGGCCCGGCUCCUGCUCCAGGCCGGUAGGUCCAGGCUGCAGGGGGAGCGGGCCGAGCUGCUGCGCGCGGCUGAGGCGCGGGACAUCCCGGUUCUGCGGCCCAGUCGGCGGAAGCUGGACGUCCUGUGCCGCUACCAGGUCCACCAGGGCGUCUGCAUGGAAGUGAGCCCGCUGCGGCCCCGGCCCUGGGCUGAGGCCGGGGAGGCUCGGCCAGGAGACGACCCCCAGCAGCUGUGGCUCGUCCUCGAGGGGCUACAGGAUCCCCGGAAUCUUGGGGCCGUGCUGCGCUCCGCUCACUUUCUCGGAGUGGAUAAAGUCAUCACCAGUCGGAGAAACAGCUGCCCGCUCAGUCCUGUAGUCAGCAAGGCCAGCGCCGGGGCUAUGGAGGUGAUGGACGUGUUCUCCACUGAUGACCUGGCCGGUUUUUUACAGGCCAAAGCCUGGCAGGGCUGGCUCGUGGCUGGCACGGUGGGCUGCCCGGGGCCUGAGAUCUCCCUGUCUUCUGAGAUCCCCAUCACUAAUUGCUUGGAGUUCCUCUGGGACCGGCCUACUCUUCUAGUGCUGGGGAACGAGGGCUCUGGUCUGUCCCGGGAGGUGCAGGCCUCCUGCCAGCUUCUCCUUAGCAUCCGGCCCGGCCGGCAGCUGCCUCCUGGACUCGAAUCUCUAAAUGUCUCCGUGGCUGCAGGAAUUCUUCUUCACUCCAUUUGCAGCCAGAGGACAGGUUUCCCGGUGGAAGGGAAGCGAGAGCAACCUCUUCAAGGCCCUCAAGAUCCCUCGGCCUCGUCUGAAGUGCCCAGAGUGGCUCAGCACCCAGGACUGUCCUCGGGAUGAGAAGAGGAGAGGCAAGACGGGGGUGACUUGGACCGUCCGAGGUGUGUGUGUGCUGUGGGGGCACACACAUCCACACGCUUGAAUGUGCUGGGGUCUCGCCUUCUUGCCUGAGUAUGUGCACCCAGGCCCAUGUUUAUAAACCGCUGUCCCGGGGCUGGGAGCUUUGUGGUGGAGACCAGAGGAAGUUCAGUUUCCCGUUUUGGCUUUGGACUUGCAGCUGGAGAUGGCAGCUUGUUAAUUUCCAGGCUGUGCUGGGACAGAGGGUCUCUUUCUUUCCAGGUCCUGCCUGGAAGUCAAGGGGAAGUUCAGACAUCAGAAGGGAAUCAAGCGGCCCAGUCCAGGGGUCCUCUUCCUCUUGGACCAGCGUGAGAAUGUAGAGGGAAGCCCGGGGCUCUCUUGCGGGCCAGACAGGUGCAAAUCCAGGCUCAAACCCUGCCCUACCUGGGCCUUGCGCACGUGGCUUCAUCUUUUUGUGUCUCGGGGCCCUUGUCUCCACCUCUCUCACAGGGCUGUUGUGAGAAUCCAAUAAAACAUCACCUGGUAUCCAGCAGGCCCUCAACCAGUGAGCCAUUAUAUCUGAU